CAAGGGACAAUGGCUAGUGACAGCAAGAAGACAGUGCUUGUAACAGGGUGCUCGUCGGGCAUCGGACUGAAAAUCGCAGUCCAACUUGCACAGGAUCCCCAAGAGCGCUACUAUGUAAUUGCCACCAUGAGGGACCUACGAAAGAGUGGGAAGCUGGAGUUGGAGGCAGGGGACUCCUUAAACAAGACACUGGUGAUCAGACAGCUGGAUGUGACCCAUGAAGACUCAGUUAAGAAAUGUUUGGAUGGACUACCUGGUCAAAGAGUUGACAUCCUGGUGAACAACGCAGGUGUCGGACAAAUCGGUCCCAUUGAGAGUUUUCCCAUGGAGGACAUGAGGAAGGUGUUUGAGACAAACUUUUUUGGUGUGGUGCGUCUGGUGAAGGAGGUGCUUCCUGGAAUGAAGAAGCGUGGGAGCGGCCAUAUUGUGGUCAUCAGCAGCGUCAUGGGGCUGCAAGGGGUUAUAUUUAAUGAUAUUUAUGCUGCAUCAAAAUUUGCCAUUGAAGGAUUCUGUGAAAGUUUGGCUGUUCAGCUUCUAAAGUUUAAUAUCUUCGUCUCCUUGAUAGAACCAGGACCCGUCAAUACAGAGUUUGAGAUGAAGCUGAUGGAAGAAGUGUCUCGGUCGGAUUUCCCCGGAGCGGAUGCUCAAACCAUACGUUACUUCAAGGAUAUCUACCUUCCUGCAGCUCAUGAGAUAUUUGCCACCUUGGGGCAGACACCAGAUGCCGUGGCAAAGGCCACAGUAAAAGUGAUUGGAAUGGACCAGCCGGCUUUCCGUCAUCAGACCAACGUGCUCUACACCCCACUCACGGCUUUGAAAUACGCAGACAACAACGGGAACCUCUCCGUUAGAACCUUCUAUAACCUCCUGUUUAAUUACGGUUCCGUAUUCCACCUGAGCCUCGGCUUCUUGAGAUGUAUUACCUGCAACUGUUUCCGUAGGAGAGUGAUGCCCGUCUAAAGAGGCUUCACUAGUACGUCCAUGAGAGUGCGGCUUUGAUGAGUCUAGAAUAUGGUUGAAGUUGCUUUAUUUGAUCUGGAGCUUGAGGGAAUCAUGAUAAAAUGCCAAAAUGUGUACUGGCUUAGUAUGGAUGCGGUGAACUUUUACGGGAAAACAAAAUUGGAGUUAGAGAAAAUUAGAAAAAUAAAUAAUAAAAUAUGCAAUAAAGUAUUAUUAAAGGGAUAGUC